AUGGGAAACUCAAUCUUGAAACCUACCAACCUCCUCUGCGCAUUCUCCUCCUCUGAGAAGCGUGAGUUCAAGUCCAAGUACCAGCUCGGUAAGUGUAUCGGCUCUGGAUCCUACGGACAGAUCAUAGAAGCUACUCAGACCUCCACCUUCCGUACUGUUGCAGUAAAAUACCUCAAGAAGAAGAACGUUGAGAGCAUGUUGAAGAUGCAGAAGCAGAAUCUUCCAGCUGAAGCUGUCUUCCUGAGCUCCCUGGAUCACCGCAACAUCAUCUCCUUGAUAGACCUGUACGAGUUCCCCAACAAGUUCGCUUUAAUCAUGGAGAGACCUCUUGCUUCCCUCGAUAUCCAUGACUUUAUCGAGAAGUACGGACCACAGAAUGAUUCAGUAGCUUCCUACAUUGAACAUCAGCUCCUCUCAGUGUGCCAAUACUUGGACAACAACCUAAUCUUCCACCGCGACAUCAAAUCAGAGAAUAUCCUCGUCAACGCCUACGACUACAACAUCAAGCUGAUAGACUUCGGAUCUGCCACAUACGCUAACCAGGAUAUUUACUACGGAAACUUCGGAACUCCCGCCUUCUCUCCGCCUGAGUGGAUAUCAGACUCCGGUUAUAAACCUGAGCCUACUACUGUCUGGUCCUGUGGAGUGGUCCUGUUCGAGAUCCUCACUGCUACUCUCCCUUUCUACGACGAGGAACAUGUCAUGAGAGCUACUCUCUUCUUCCCUGAUCUGGUCUCCCACUCUGGUAGAGAUCUCAUCAGGAAGAUGCUGAAGAGAGAUGAAAAUGAUAGGAUCUGCUUUGAGGAGGCACUGAAUCAUCCCUUUAUCACUGUUUCUGGAGAUUGUGGAGAGAAUGAACGUAUCCUGGACGACUCUACCUACUCUAAAUGUUCAGCUUACACACUCUACGAGAACAUUAACUGUGAUUCAGAGCUGCCCCUGAGUUUGAUUUAA